GAGCGACUGCGCGAGGACGGGCUCUUCCUUUUGCGGGUGGCGGCGAGAGCGGAGUGGUCGCCAUGAAGGCAUCGGGCACGCUGCGAGAGUAUAAGGUGGUGGGACGUUGUCUGCCCACCCCCAAAUGCCACACGCCGCCCCUGUACCGCAUGCGCAUCUUCGCCCCCAAUCACGUGGUGGCCAAGUCCCGCUUCUGGUACUUCGUGUCACAGUUGAAGAAGAUGAAGAAAUCGUCGGGCGAGAUCGUCUACUGCGGCCAGGUGUUCGAGAAGUCGCCCCUGCGAGUGAAGAACUUUGGUAUCUGGCUGCGUUAUGAUUCCCGCAGUGGCACUCACAACAUGUACCGGGAGUACCGUGAUCUCACCACGGCCGGCGCCGUCACCCAGUGCUACCGUGACAUGGGUGCCCGUCACCGCGCCCGCGCCCACUCCAUCCAGAUCAUGAAGGUGGAGGAAAUCCCGGCCAGCAAGUGCCGCCGGCCCGCAGUCAAGCAGUUCCAUGACUCCAAGAUCAAGUUCCCGCUGCCCCACCGGGUUCUGAGGCGCCAGCACAAGCCCCGCUUCACCACCAAGAGGCCCAACACCUUCUUCUGAGUCGGGAGCUCCAAUAAACUCCUCGGCAUCCA